AAAGUCUCACAGUUGAGCUGUAGUUUCUUCACAGAUGGACUCACUGAUCAAGACAGGGACAGUUUACCUGCAGCCUCACAAGACUGGCAGAAAAUGGAAGGCAGUCCUAUUGUCUCUGUUUCCUCACAGCAGCAGUGGAGUCGGUCGACUGGAGAUUGUGGACGUCACAGCAGGUGGCGCCACAGGUGACUAUGGUGGCGUCGUCAGGAAACACCAGCCUCACGCCGAGCGGAAACUGAAGGUGGUUCGACUGUCAGAGCUGAUCAGUGUCCUCAGACUCCCACCCAACGCUGAAGCCUGUCCCAUGGAGAACAUGUCUGCGUUUUGUGUGGAGGCCCAGGACAGAACCAUGGUGUUCGCUGCUCUCAAAGACGACUGUGUGGACUGGGUGGAAAAACUGUGUCACAGCUCGUUUCCGAGAGGAGGAGGAGGAUCAGGAUCAAAUCUGCUUCAUAUGGAGGAGAACCAGAUUUAUGCCUCAGCAGACAAAGCCUCAGAUUUCUGGGUUGGGGUUCAGCGGACGGAUGCAGCGACACGCUGUGGCCUGCAGGGGUCAUACUGGCUGCAGGUGGGACGAGAAGCUCUGUGUCUCAGAGACACACAGAAGCAGAAGAGCGUGGUGUGGGAGUGGCCGUACGAGCUGCUCAGACGAUACGGGAAAGAUAAGGUGUCUUUAACCAUUGAAGCCGGCAGACGCUGUGUCUCUGGUCCUGGAACCUUCACCUUUGAGACACAACAGGCAGAGAAAAUAUUCUCCCUGAUCCAGAGCACCAUCAAACAAAAGACAACCAGAACCCAGCGGAACCAGAACCAGGAGGACGAGAAAGUCAACUUCACCAACAAACAGCCUCAUUCCCUCCAUCCCAAAAUCCCAGACGUGACGAGUGUGGCUGCCAUCCUGGAGAAAGACCUGAGGACAAACGAGAGGACAGAAGAAGACCUGCUGGUUCCUCAGGCUCAGCCAGCUCCCAUCACCCUCAUGCCUCUUCCAUCCAUCCCCACACAGGAUGGCGUAUCCGAAGGUCAACACAGCGAACUAUCAGAUCCUGUGUACGAUGACCCCGCUGACUGCAUUCUGUCCAUACCGACACUACCAUCGUCCACAGCUCUGUACGUAGACCCUGCUUGUGUUCUUCCACUGAAACCCCCAAAGUCAGAGGAACCAGUGACAGCCCCCCCUCCCUCCUCCACCUCACAGCCCCGCUUUGACAUCCACCAUCCAGACUCGGAGUACUCCGAGGUGUUCGACAAAGUCGCUCCACUACGGAGUCGACAAGCCAUCUUUCAGAGCAAAGCACAAGUCAAGCCUUUUGCAGACGACAAAGUCAUUUAUGCCGAACCCAUGACGGCGCAGGUGUCGCAUAAAAGCGAACUCAAACCUGACCCAUUUGCGCACCUUUACGCUCAAGUCUGCAAGAAAACACCGUCAUCGGGUCCCUUGACAUCUUCUAGCACCACUGUCACCGCCAACACAAGCACAACCAAAGACGUGGACUCGUCUCUAGAAGACGUCAUCUACGAAAACUUGGGCAUUAUUUAGUGACAACAAAAAUCUAUUGAUGUUCUCAGGCAAUUCCUCUGUGUGUAUAUGCAGCUUGUGUUUGUGUCACAGUGCUGUGAUUUAACCAAUCCAAGCUUCUAGCAGGUGAAUCCUUCAUGGUCCAACACUUUCAAAACAUCCACAGAAUGCACUCUACUGAGUGACUGCCACCACGGACACAAGGAAAAAUGGAUUUUAGCCCCUUUACAAUGUAAUACUUACUUAAAGGCUCAUUUUGUUUUGUCUGUUUGACAGAAAAACAAAGGCAUGUGCACAUUUAUUUCAGAUAGUUUAAUAUUAUUGUAUCAUAGUAUUAAGAUGUAUAAAUUACUUUGGGAUAUAUUUUAAUAAUAAAUUAGAUUCACACACGUUUUUCUGGCUGUUUCACAGGUGUACCUAAUAAAGUGGCCAGUAAAUGUAUUUCAUAUACAGUAUUUACUUUAUUUACCCAAGGGUAUUUUCUGAUUUAUAUGAAACUGAUGUUUUGUUAUGUUUGUGUUUUAUUUGAAUCACAAACACUUUGAUGUCAAUAAACCAAAUAAGUAUUUUUUAUGUUUGAUUCAUAUAAACUUUAUUUUAAAUCAUAUAAAUUCACCACAAUAAAAACAGUUCUCUGGGACAGUUCAUGUUCUUUUGUUUGUACGAGGCAAGAACACAUACUGUGAGCACCCCCUGCUGCUGAGAACACAUUACAUAUUAUUACAUGUCAUUAAGCAGACGCUUUUAUCCAAAGCGAUUUACAGUGGAAUUGAGUACAAUCAGCCAUGGGUGUAGUCAAACUUGCGACCAUUGCGACCAUGAUUUCUUUCGCACACAGGGUACCGGUCUUAACCACUGGGCCACUCCACCGCCCAACACAGAGACACAUGUUGUUCUUAUAUACCCUGAUCCCUUUUGGACAAGAAACUGUAGAUUAUUUCAUAUAAUGCUAUAGAUUAUGGCACUGUAGGAUUAAAACAGAUUUUGAUGAGGCAAUAAA